AUGGCUUCACUGUACCAGAGAUUCGGUGGGAAGAUCAACACCUCCCGAUCUUUCCCCGCGCCACCCGAGGCGAGUCACCUUCUGGGGGCUCAGGGCCCUGAGGAAGAUGGAGCGGAGCCCCCGCCGGGGCUUGCCGCCCCUCCCCCCUCUGCCCCCCCCCCCCGCGGGGGGGGGGGGGGGGCGGCCGGAGGCUUUUUUUAUCAGUAUCAGUUAAAUGGAGACUGUCCGGAGGAGGACGAGCUGGUGGGGAGUAAUCCUCCACAAAGAAACUGGAAAGGAAUUGCAAUUGCUUUACUUGUUAUUCUGGUUAUCUGCUCCCUGAUUGUCACCUCUGUUAUACUCCUGACACCAGUUGAAGAUAACAGCCUAUCUCAAAAGAAAAAGAUAACAGUGGAAGAUCUGUUCAGUGCUGAUUUCAAAAUUCAUGACCCAGAGGCUAAAUGGAUAAGUGAUAAAGAAUUCAUUUAUAGAAACCAGAAUGGCACUGUGAUCCUGCAGAAUGUUGAAACAAACAAUUCAAUGGUAUUAAUAGAAAACAAAAAAAUCGUCUCCUUAAAGGCCAUUCGCUAUGAGGUGUCACCUGAUCGGGAGUAUGCGCUUUACGCAUUUGACGUCGAACCAGUGUAUCAGCAUUCGUAUACGGCAUAUUAUGUCCUCAGCAAAAUACCUUUUGGGGACCCCCAGAAUUUGUAUCCACCCGAAGUUAGUAACGCAAAGCUUCAGUACGCUGGAUGGGGUCCAAAGGGGCAACAACUGAUAUUUAUCUUUGAGAAUAACAUCUAUUACUGUGCUCAUGUGGGGAAACAAGCCAUCCGAGUGGUCUCCACUGGAAAGGAAGGUGUUAUUUUCAAUGGCCUCAACGACUGGCUGUAUGAAGAGGAGAUCUUGAAGACUCAUAUAGCACAUUGGUGGUCUCCUGAUGGAACCAGGUUAGCAUAUGCAACAAUAAAUGACUCCAGAGUCCCUACAAUGGAAAUUCCAGUCUACACUGGCAGCCUUUACCCUACUGUUAAAACAUAUCAUUAUCCAAAGGCUGGAAUGGAAAAUCCAAGCAUUUCUUUACAUGUCAUUAGUUUGAAUGGCCCUACCCAUGAUCUGGAAAUGACUCCCCCUGAUGAUCAAAGAAUGAGGGACUAUUACAUAACCAUGGUGAAAUGGGCAACAAGCACCAAAGUGGCAGUAAAUUGGCUGAACAGAGCACAGAACGUUUCUAUCCUGACGCUGUGUGAUGCUACCACUGGAGUCUGCACAAAGAAACAUGAAGAUGAAAGUGAAGCCUGGCUACACAGACAGAAUGAAGAGCCAAUAUUUUCCAAAGACGGACGGAAGUUUUUCUUCAUCCGAGCCAUUCCUCAGGGGGGGCGAGGAAAGUUCUACCAUAUUGCCAUGUCAUCGUCACAGCCCAAUAGCAGCAGUGAUAAUUUACAGUCCAUUACAUCUGGUGAUUGGGAUGUGACAAAGAUUUUGGCAUAUGAUGAAAAGAGACAUAAAAUUUACUUCCUCAGCACAGAAGAUUUACCAAGACGGCGACACUUAUAUAGUGCAAGCACAAAUGGAAACUUCAACAGGCAGUGUCUGUCCUGUGAUUUGAUUGAAAACUGUACUUAUUUCAGUGCGUCAUUCAGUCACAACAUGGAGUACUUCUUACUGACCUGUGAAGGUCCAAGAGUUCCAAUUGUGACUGUUCACAACACGACAGAUAAACAAAAAAUCUUUGAGCUGGAGGUAAAUGAAAAUGUGCAGCUGACUGUAAAUGAUAGGCAAAUGCCUAAAGUGGAAUACCUGGAAAUCAAGAUAGAUGAUUACAAAUUGCCAAUGCAAAUCUUAAAGCCAGCAACCUUUGCGGACACCAUACACUAUCCUUUGCUACUGGUUGUUGACGGAACACCUGGUAGCCAGAGUGUAACAGAAAAGUUUGAAGUGAAUUGGGAAAGCGUGCUGGUCAGCUCCCACAAUGCAAUUGUGAUGAAGUUUGAUGGCCGGGGCAGUGGAUUCCAAGGCACUAAAUUGUUACAUGAAGUUAAAAGAAGAUUGGCCCUUUUGGAGGAAAAGGAUCAGUUGGAAGCUGUCCGGAUAAUGUUGAAAGAACAUUAUAUUGAUAAAAUGCGAGUUGCUGUAUUUGGGAAGGAUUACGGGGGCUAUCUGAGCGCUUUCAUUCUCCCAGCUGGUGAAGAGAAUCAAGUAUUCACGUGUGGAGCUGCUCUUUCUCCCUUGACAGACUUGAAAUUAUACGCUUCUGCCUUUUCUGAAAGGUAUUUGGGACUACAUGGCAUUGAUAACAGAGCAUAUGAGAUCACCAAAUUAGCACACAGAGUCUCAUUACUGAAAGAUCAAAAGUUUUUGAUCAUUCAUGCCACAGCUGAUGAAAAAAUCCAUUUCCAGCAUACUGCAGACCUUAUUACACACCUAAUUAGGGCAAAGGCUAAUUACAGCUUGCAGAUAUACCCCGAUGAAAGCCAUUACUUUAACAGUGCAGCACUCGAGCAACACUUGUACAAGUCCCUCGUCAAUUUCUUUGUGGACUGUUUCAAAGUUCAGGACAAACUCCCGAUAGUCACACUGAAAGAGGAUGAGGAGGAGGAUUAA